AUGAUCUGGAUUAAAGGUGGAAAUGAUGGAGUUAUCGGACUUUUUAAUGAAACCCACCCUAACAAUUUUGUGUAUGAAAUAAUUAUAGGGGGCGGGGGAAACACGUGGACUGGAGCAAAAUCGAAAGCUGGAUUUAAAGCUAUAACUAACGAUAACAACUUUAUGUUAGAGCCGGAACGGUUUAAAGCAUUCUGGUUGACAUGGAGUGAGGCGUCACUAGACGUUGUGUUUGGAGUCGGAAAUCAGAUCGGUAGUGGACAGACAAUCCGAUUCAAUAGAGAUCCAACAUUUACAUUGAAAUAUCUAGCUCUUUAUGACGGAUUUGUUCCGUUCUUUCAAAGUAUUCAACCUCUUAAAGAGUUGCUAUGGGAACUUGCUCUUUUAGGGGAGUUGUUUGCUGUCACGGCGGUAACUCUGGCCGUCACCUCCAGCACAGUUCGGACUCACGUGAAUCCAGAUCUUUAUUUAGUGCCGUACACAAUAACGAUCUAA